UUUUAAAUCAUGGUUAAGUAGGUUUGCUCUUUGACCAGACUCUCCGCUUGGCUGGCUUUGACGCAAAACUUGGCAGAAAGAGAGAAGGAGUAGCAGAAAGUCCCACAAAGAGGAAGCCAUGCCGUCGGACAAGUGUCCUCCCAGAGCUGUUGGCUCGACACAUAGCUCCGGCACUAACUGGUUUUUCUUCUUCUUGUUCUUUAAGAUUUGUUGCCAUGCUGCUACUCCAACUGUUGCAUCUCAUUCUCGGUCCCUGCCCCAUAACUCCACUUGCCCCGACUUUGCCCCGACUUCCACAAAUAUGGGCAGUAAGAACAACAGUGAAUAUUUGGAAAAGAUUAGUGAAAUUGCAUCCCUUAGAUGUGCAUUUGAGUUAUUUGAUGCCAACUUCUUCAGCAAUAAAAAGAUUCUGGCGAUUGUCAAGGGUGCGAAAGAGUUUAAUAUCCCUCUAAUUAGAGCCAAUCGGAAAUUAGUUGCUUCUGUUAAUGGAGGACUGCAUAAUCCAUCUUCUUUGGUGUUCAAUCCUGAGUGGGACAAUGAGCAACCACAACGAAUAAGCAAAAGAUUUAAUUAUCCUUCUAUCUCUGGCACUAAGAGACCAGAAAGUGAAGAAGAUAUUGCCUUCAUGAGUGUUCUUGAAUUAGGGGAACUGAUUAAGACAAAACAAAUUACUUCAGAGGAGCUUACUCAUAUUUUUUUGCAGAGGUUGAAAAGGUACAAUCGUGUUCUUGAAGCUGUGGUCUCGUAUACUGAAGAACUUGCAUACAAGCAAGCCAAGGAGGCUGAUAAGUUGCUUGCUCGAGGGCUGUAUUUGGGUCCUCUCCAUGGAAUUCCUUAUGGGUUGAAGGAUACAAUUUCAGUACCCCAGUUUAAAACAACUUGGGGUUCAAAAACUUUCAAAGAUCAAGUUCUUGACAUUGAAGCUGGGGUAUACAAGAGGUUGAAGGCUGCAGGGGCAGUUCUUGUUGCAAAGCUUGUUUCUGGAUCUCUGGCAUAUGAUGACAUAUGGUAUGGUGGUAGGACAAGGAACCCAUGGAACAUAGAGGAAUUUUCAACAGGUUCAUCAGCCGGGCCUGCUGCGUGCACCUCAGCUGGUAUGGUUCCAUUUGCAAUUGGUUCAGAAACAGCUGGCUCUAUAACCUAUCCCGCUACCCGUUGUGGUGUGACAGCAUUGCGCCCCACAUUCGGCACUGUAGGCCGAACUGGUGUAAUGAGCAUAUCUGAAAGCUUGGACAAACUUGGCCCAUUCUGUAGAAGCGCCACAGAUUGCACUAUUAUUCUGGAUGCUAUUCGAGGUAGGGAUCCAGAUGAUCCCUCGUCCAGAGACAGUCCCCUUAAUGACCCAUUCUUGGUUGACCUCACAAAGCUUACCGUUGGAUAUCUUGAUGAUGCUGAGAUGGAGGUUGUUCAUGUUCUUGCUUCAAAGGGUGUUAAUGUUGUUCCCUUCAAACUGAACUAUACAGUCGAUUCUGUUCAAGGUAUUCUGAAUUUUACAAUGGACGUUGAUAUGUUGGCUCACUUUGAUGAGUGGCAGCGCGCAGGGGAGGACAAUGAUUAUGAAGCUCAAGAUCAGUGGCCUACUGAGCUACGCCGUGCACGCAUGAUUCCAGCAGUAGACUAUGUUCAGGCACAAAGAGCACGGGGGAAGUUAAUCCGGGAAGUAAGAGAGAGUUUUACUGUUGAUGCAAUCAUUGGCAAUGCAACUGACUGGGAGAAAGUUUGCAUGGGAAAUCUCGUGGGUAUGCCUGUAAUUGUUGUUCCAACAGGAUUUAAGAAUAUAGAAAAUCCACCUUUCGGUGGCAGCCGACGGAGAACCACCAUCACCACCGGCAUAUAUGCACCUCCUCAUCAUGAUCACAUUGCUCUAGCGCUAGCAAUGGCUUACCAAUCAGUUACUGAUCACCAUAAACAACGCCCACCCAUUAAUGAUCUUGGGCCAAACGUCUCGAUUUGAAAUCCACGGAGUUACCUACCUCCUAGACUAUUGCAUUGUUGAAGGUGUUGAAUAAUAAACUUAAUUUUAAUAAUAUUUGUUUGAGUCUUUUAUUAUUCUUGUAAGUUAUUUAGUGACUUGAAAAGGUUGUGUCUUUUGGGUUUUCAAGAGUUAUUUUACAUAGGAGUUACAUGGGAGUUAUAUGUAAUGUAAAUGAAUUAAAUUAAUGUGAAGUUAGAAGGGUCAUUUGUAUCCUAUAAAUAUCCAUGUAAGCAAGUUAUUUUUAAUUAAGUAGAAUAAAAUAAUACAAAGUCCUCUAUCAA